CCUUCGUAAUCCGUUUGUAUCGGUAAUUAUCGUCGUGUUCUCUUUUGCUGCAAAAGCGGAAGCGGGUUCGAAACCCUAGGCAGGGUGGUCUUAAACCUCCGUUUGUAGUAGAAUUAGCUUUUGAAAUCUACUUUUUCGCACCGCGAUCUGGUGCUGUGUUGAAUAUGAAAUGUGUUGGGCACGGGUUCGAGCCGAUCGAGCCGAAGAUGGAGUUGAUUUGGACGAAUUUUGGACCGCGAGGAGCCUGAAUUUACUUGGUUCGGCGGGGAUGUUGUUGAAUUUUUGUGCGUUUUCAACAUUGAUCGAACUUUUCAGAUUUUUUAAGGACGGCUGAUCAUCUAUCAGAGGAGGUCUAUUAAUAAUUCAGAGUCUCUCCAAAAAGGAUUGCUUUAAACAGGUUUUGUUUUGUAUGACAAAAAUAAUUUUGGUGCAAGACAGGAGAAUCUAGAGUCUAUACAUUGUCAAUCGGAAAAAGCAAUUUGAUAGAUAUUAAGAUCAAAACUGUAAGGUUUGAACUGAGAAGGAUAACAUUGAUUAUCAUUUGCGCUGCCCUUCUUUAUCUGAUAAAAAUUGUUGUCAGAACUUGGUAAAAUCAAAAUGGCAUCUGGAUCAAUCAGUGCAGAUGAAAGGUUUGCUAACAUGAUCCAUCGUCAACAGUUGCUGCAAAAAGAGGAUAUAAAUCAAUUAACAGAAGCCCAGUCAGUAUCUGAUGCUCAUGAGGAAUUUAGACGAGGUUUGGAAGUGCUUGUUCGGGAUCAUUUCCAUACCUGUAUGACUCUUGCAUCCUGCAGCUCUGCCCAUGAUAGUGGAAUCAAUGGUCGACGUGAUCGUAUUAACCGCUUUCAUGAGGACCAUGAUGACAAUGAAGAGGAGGAAGGCGAUCAGCUUGUGCGCAGAAGGCGCAGAUCUGAAAUGGAGGAAGAUUUGACAGAUUCCUCUGCUGCAAGAAGACAUCAAUCAAGGAUCUUGGCUAGAUGGGCUGCACGACAAGCUCAGGAGAUGAUCACUACAAUGGAAAGACAGAAUCGAGAGUCAGAGUUACUGGCUCUUGCAGGCCUACAUGCCGUAUCAAUGUUAGAUUCAUCUUUCCUCAGGGAAUCUUCAGCUUCUAGAUCAGAGGGUAGAGUUGAAAGGCCUAGUACUCGAGCUUCAUCUCUCCUCCAGAUGUGGAGGGAGCUUGAGGAGGAUCAACGAGCUGAUCGUGCUAGGGGAAGAAUGAGAGCAAGAAUGGUUCACUCAGAGGUUCCAGAAAUUCAAAGGGAGCACAUAGAUGACCAAACAUAUCAUGAAAAUGCUGGUGUUGGUGGAAGGGACCAUACUGCAAAUACUAGCAGUGUAAAUACUUUGUUACAUCAAUCAAAUCAACAAAUGAAUGUUUCACAGGGAGGUAGUGAUUUUUCUGGGGACAGACAGUGGAUGGUAAAUGACCAAAAUGACAAUGAGGCUCCUGAAGCUGGACACAGGCAUGGGGAAUAUAGAGAUUGGGAAGAAAGACAGUUGGAUUCAGAGAAUGUCAGUAGGGAACAAUCUCCUGAACUUGGAGAGGGUGAGACUGAGAGGGUGAGACAAAUUGUAAGGGGAUGGAUGACUGAAAAUGGCAUCACUGAAAAUUCAUCUAACUUGACCCAUGGCAGUGGCCACAGGACAGAGUUGCUUGGUGAAAAUGAAAGAGAGAGAGUAAGAUUAGCCAGGGAGUGGGUACACACAGCAAGCCAGCAGAGAGAUGUGCGUGGUAGCAGGCGGGAACAAUCUCAGAGGCAUGGUGUUCAACCUGGUCUGGUACGAAGACAAGCUAGACAACGUGAAGUUACGCAAAGUGGAUUGGUUGCUGAGAUGGAGGAGCGUGCGCCAGAGCAUGUGAACAGGGAUGCACUAAGAUUGCGAGGAAGGCAAGCUUUUAUGGAUUUGCUUGUGAGGAUCGGGAGGGAGAGACAGAGAGAACUUCAAGGACUCUUGGAGCAUCGAGCUGUUUCAGAGUUUGCACACCGCAACCGGAUACAGUCUUUACUUCGAGGCAGAUUUCUGCGUACAGGACCUGGAACUGAGGAAGAGAGGCCACCUUCAACAGCUGCAAGGGAGUUGGGUCAGUUAAGACAACGCAGGACCGUAUCUGCUCUACGAUUGGAAAAUAUUGUUCGUGGUCAAGCUGUUAACCAUUCUGAUGGGGCUGGAAGCAACAAUUCCAAUAUUCCUGGUGACAGCAACUUCAAUACUUCAAGAAAUGAUCAGUCCAGAUUGGAAGAACUGCAAAACACUUUACAAGAUCAGAGUACGAUGCAAGAAAGUCAUCAAGCUGGAAAUGGGCAAGAUCUUGGAAGAGAGAUGGGGGAGGUGGAAGGAGAUAUUGGCGAAGUGAGAAGGGAUGCACAAGAAAUUGAUAUGGAAGGUGUAGAUGGAGACUCAGAGGAAGAUACUGUACAAGAUGUUGAUAGGAACUGGCAAGAAAAUGCUGAAGUGGAAAGGGUGCAGGAAAGGCUGGAAGGUACUGAAGGGGAAUUACAUAGAGGCUGGCAGGAUGAUUCAGAGAAUGCAGAUAGGGACUGGCAAGGAGAUGCUACUCAAGACGUAGACAGAGAAUGGCAAGAAGGUGCCAUUCAAGAUGUAAACAGGGACUGGCAAGGCAAUGCUUCACAAGAUGUUGAGAGUGAUUGGCAUCAAGAUGCUACACAGGAAGUGGCAAGGGACUGGCAGGAACAUCCUUCACAGAGAGAAGCAAGGGCCUGGCAAGGCAUUGCAACUAGAAGACAAGUCAAUGAUUUUGAGCCUUCAGAGGACACAACUGCAUACAACAUGGAACUCCGUGAACUUCUAGGCAGGCGGAGUGUUUCGACAGUUUUGGCAAGUGAAUUCAGAGAAAGUUUGGAUCAACUGAUUAGAUCCUAUGUACAAAGGCAAGGUCAUAACCCUGUAGCCUGGGAUCUAGAAAGGCCUGUACAAAGGACCACAAAUGUGCAGGAGGAAGAUCCAGAGCCGCAAGAAGCUGAGAGCCGAAAUGAGGGUCUUACUAAUGUUACAAAUGUGCCUGGAUUGCGUCCACCUCCACCUCCUCCACCUCCACCAACACAGCCACUUUGGCAACAAGGUACUGCAUGGGCUACUCCAGUAUUGCCUCCACCUCCACAGACAACAUGGAGUCGUCAUCCGUUACAACGCUCUGACAUUGAAUGGGAAGUUGUAAAUGACUUAAGGUCUGAGAUGACACGAAUUCAACAAGGAAUGAUUAGCAUGCAGCGCAUGCUGGAGGCUUGUAUGGAUAUGCAGUUGGAGCUACAACGAUCUGUCAGGCAAGAAGUAUCUGCUGCUCUAAACCGCUCAAAUGAAGGUCAAAGUGUACCGGAUGAAUCUAUAGAUGGAUCAAAGUGGGUUACAGUAAGGAAAGGGAUGUGCUGCGUCUGUUGUGACAUUCAUAUUGAUUCUCUGCUAUACAGGUGCGGUCACAUGUGUACGUGUCUAAAAUGUGCAAAUGAGUUGCUGCAGAAUAGUGGAAAAUGCCCAAUGUGCAGAGCUCCAAUUGUGGAGGUGGUCCGAGCCUACUGUGUGUUGUGAAUAUGGGCCUAUUUGAGACUGUGUAAUAAUAAAGAAUAAUAAAGGAGUACCUUAAGCUAUAAUUUUCUUUCGCCAUUCCUUACCGAGGGAACAGUGCCACAUAGUUCUCACAUUAAUUAGAUGGCCUUUGGAUUGCUAUUUGAAUGUUUUGUGCGAAUUUAUGUGGCAGUGGACGCCUAAAUUCUUUAUUUUGGUUAAUAUUGUGUACAGAUUUAUGUAAAGGUGGUACUGGGGACAAGUAAAAACAUUUUUUUGUAAUCUAUUCUUGGCUGAGAUUUCUGUUUACAGCAGAGGAUUUCACAAACCAUAAGACAUUAUCAGUUUGUGGACAUGCUGUGAUUUCACUUCAGCAAUUACAGUAGCAUUGCCAGCAUAUCUCUGGUCAUGUCUCCAUUAGUUUGCAAGCCAUCUAAUGGCAGCAUUGAACUAGGCUGUUAAAAAUAAUUGAUUGAAUUCAAUGAUCAACAUUGUUAAGCAAAAGCUUGGCCUCAGGAAGAACUUGGGAGGUCUUGUAUCCAAAAACCCGAAAGACGCUCUAAGAAUUUGAGAAGAUAAUAUUCUUCCAUUCUUAGAAAGUUCUAUUUUUUUUUCCUUUGGCUCAUUGUCUUACACUUGUCUUCAUGGAUUACAUAUUUCUAAGAUAUGAAUUGUGUGCA